AGGUGAUUGGCUCCACGACGGGGAGGGGGCCGGUUUCCGCCGGACGACGGAAGUGGCUCUCCAGCUCUGCCAGUAGGCCAUGGAGACGGUGGCACUGUAGCGAGCUAGGUGUGAAGAUUGCAGGGGCGGCGGCCAUGGAGGCCGUACUGAACGAUCUGGUGUCUGUGGACGACCUGCUGAAGUUUGAAAAGAAAUUUCAGUCUGAGAAGGCAGCAGGCUCUGUGUCCAAGAGCACGCAGUUUGAGUAUGCCUGGUGCCUGGUGCGAAGCAAGUACAACGAUGACAUCCGUAAAGGCAUCGCACUGCUGGAGGAGCUGUUGCCCAAAGGGAGUAAAGAGGAACAGCGGGAUUAUGUCUUCUACUUGGCCGUGGGCAACUACCGGCUCAAGGAAUAUGAGAAGGCGUUAAAGUACGUGCGGGGGCUGCUGCAGACGGAGCCCCAGAACAACCAGGCCAAGGAACUGGAACGGCUCAUUGACAAGGCCAUGAAGAAAGAUGGCCUGGUGGGCAUGGCCAUUGUUGGAGGCAUGGCCCUGGGCGUGGCAGGCCUGGCUGGACUCAUCGGACUUGCUGUGUCCAAGUCCAAAUCCUGAAUGAAACCGCGCCUCUGCCCGGGGAUACGUGGGAGCCUAUGGAGGACACUCGGAGAGGAGGGGACCAUCCAUCCUUGCUGUCCCUGUCUUCUGCACCCCGUCACUGCCCUCUGGCGUUCAGCCUCCUUUCCCCAGAGAUGUGUCCGGUAGCCCCAAACCAUGUGCCCCAGGAGGAGUGUAAAUAAAACAGCGUUGGCUUGGG